GUGUAGUUCCACGGAAGACAGUGUUUUGAAAUUAACAUAAAUAAAUAAUCUGCUUUUUUAUUCGCUCUAGUAAAUAAAUUUAUAUAUUAUUAAAUUUAUAUCAUUCGUAAAUUGGAAUUAUUUUAAAUUGUUUGUAGGAAUAAGAUUGCUCCUUAGACUCAAGAAAGACAGAAAAUGCGUAUUAAAAAAAGAAUUGCAAUUAUCGGUGGAGGAUUCAGCGGCUUGUCUUCUAUCAGAGCACUGAAAGAAGUAGACAUCGAACCUGUUUGCUAUGAGAGAACCUCUGGUCCUGGUGGAACGUGGUGCUACAGAGAAGAAGCUACAUAUGGCGUGCCUUCCAUAAUGCCAACAACUGUUAUUAACCAUAGUAAAGAAAUGGGAGCUCUCAGCAAUUUUCCCCCGAAAAAGGAAUACGCAAAUUAUAUGCGGCAUUCAGAGUGUUAUAAAUAUUUCAAAGAUAUCGGAGAUAAAUGUGACUGCUUCAGGCAUAUGAUCUUCAACCGAGAAGUUAUCAGUGUCAGGAAGUCUAUAGAUUACGACAAAACCGGACAGUGGCAAGUGAAAGUUAAAAACUCGUUAAAUGGGGAAAUAACAAGUGACAUUUUUGACGGUGUGAUGGUUUGCACAGGUCAUAUAACCUAUCCAAAGCUAUGCAGUUUUCCUGGAUUGGAAAAGUUCAAAGGAAAGGUUAUUCAUACUCAUAGUUUGAAAAAGAUGGAUGAGUUCGCUGGACAAAAGGUUUGUGUUAUUGGCAUCGGAUGUUCCGCCUUGGAUGCAGCUGUAGAAAGUAGUAGCGUAGCAGAACAAGUUUAUCUCAGCACUCGUAGUGGAUCUUGGAUUUUCCCAAGAGUUGGACCAUAUGGUGUACCGAUGGAUUACUCCCUACUUAGACGUUACAUAACAUUUUUUCAAGAUAUAUUACCAAUAAGUUUGUCCAGUAAAUUCAUAGAAACUUUCUACCUCAAUAACAAGUUCAAUCACGAUCUGUAUAAUCUUCGACCACAAUACCACGUACUAUGCAAAGACCCUUCAAUUAAUGACGCUUUCCCGUCUAAGCUACUUUCAAAAAGCGUUUUACUUAAGAAAGAUAUUAAAUACUUUACGGAAAAUGGUGUGGUAUUUGAAGGAGAAAAUAGCGUUACUGAAGUAGAUACGGUAAUUAUGGCGACUGGAUAUGAAUGGAAGUUUCCUUUCUUGGAAGACGAUAUAAUAACGACAGAAAAUGACGGAAGAAUUAAUCUAUACAAAUGCAUGUGGUCUCCAAAUCUAAAACACCAAACUUUAGUCAUCAUUGGAUUUGUAUUGCCUUUUGGUCCAGGUUUUCCUCUUGGAGAAAUUCAGUGUCGCUGGGUAGCCCAGAUAUUCAGUGGUAAAAUGCAAUUACCAUCUAAGGACGUAAUGAUGGAUGAAAUUGUUAAACGUCAUGAAGCCAACAUGAAGAGAUAUCGUCCUGGUGACAAAAUGUCAAUACGAGUAGAUUAUAUACCUUAUAUGGAUGACAUAGCCUCUCAGUUUGGUGCAAAGCCAAAUCUUCUGAAAAUAUUAAUUACAGACCCUAAACUUUUCAAAGCUCUGGUUUUGGGGCCUUCAUUGUCUUAUCAAUAUAGACUCCAAGGGCCUCACAAAUGGGAUGGAGCUAGGAAAGCAAUUUUGGACGCAAAUGAAAGAAUGAAAGCUCCCCUUAACGGUACAGACAGCAAACGCAAAAAGAAUUUAAGAUGGAGUUUCCUUGUUAAAUACGUAAUUAACCUAUUGCUUUUAUCUUUAUGGAUAUCUUGGAAAGAUUCUUCGAUGAAAUACUAUAUUGCGGCAAUGUUAUUGCCUCAGUAUAUGUCACUGAAGAGCUUCUUUCUGAAAUACGUCUUUGCAACACUAAUGUUGCCGUUUCUUUUUCCUUGGAAUGGAUUCAUGCCUAAUUAUAUUUUUACACAUUUAGCCUCUCUUAUAUUAACAGCCAUGAGCUCCCUGUAAAAUAAGGAUACCUAUUUAGCCUCGGCUUUAAUUGUUAUUUUUUCUCUUAUAUUUUGAAGCUAAAUUUUUAGCAGUUUGAGGCUCUCAAACAUCCAUUAAUUUUAGAUUCAGAGAUUUAAUUUUUUACUACAUAUAAAAGGGAAUAUUAACAUAAAUAUUUUUAUCUUUGUUUACUUAAUUCACAUAAAAAUGAUUUAUAUUAUACCGUAGCAUUUUCUUUGAAGGGAAGUUUACAUAUGAUCGACAGCCGUAAAAUAUCUCAAUGACCUUCUUCUUAAAUUAAACUUUUGAGAGGAAAAUUCUCUUAAAUUCUUCUUAAAUUAAACUUUUGAGAGGAAAGGUAUUAAAUCUUUUCAAAGUGAGAUAGAAUGCGCUUUAUGACAAAGGAUGAUAGGUACUAAUAAAUAAUAUGUUUCAGUUCCUAAUACGUAUUAUGCAUGAUUAUUUUAGAGAACAAUUAAUUCGUAACUAUAAAUACAAAGUUAUUGAAAAUUCAGAAGGGAUGCAAAUUUAUUCGAUAUUCGAGAUUUCAGAAUAUUCUCACAAACAGAACUUAUAAAACUAUCCAAAGUUC